AUGUAUAUAGAGCUUGUGUGGAUGGCUUUUGCCUCCACAGCAGCGGCAAAUAUUGGUCCAUUGCCGCUGCCAGAGCCAACUCAGCUUUUCGCUCCUGACAAUGGCCUGCUCAAGUUGUCACCCGAGCCUAUUUCCGCUCUCGCCGGGGCUCUACUGCCUUUCCUGUUUACGCAAUCAGGAUCACCAGUACCGACAUCUGCGCAAGAUUCACCUUCAUCCCAAACGCCUUCUCCUGCUGCUACCAGUACUACUCCCUCUCCUGCUGCUACCAGUACUACUCCCUCUCCUGCUGCUACCAGUACUACUCCCUCUCCUGCUGCUACCAGUACUACCCCCUCUCCUGCAACUCCCAGUACUACUCCCAGCUCGACACCGGCCAGUAGCUCGGGGUAUAACAAUGGAGGUCCAAAAGUGCCCGGCAGCACUCCAAGUGUGAGCCGAUCGGCCAGUCGAUCAGCGAGUAGUACUCCAGGCGGCUCAAGUAGCUCAGGUAAAACCAGCACGAACUACUGCAUGGGUGCACAGACAACCCAAACGCCAACCGAAUACUGGUUACACGCACAGGAUCAUACUGGGAACGGUCGAGGAUAUGCCCCUUUUGUCGAAGGGAACCCGUCGUAUCCCGUAUAUCGCGAUGUGACGGCGUAUGGCGCGAAAAAUGAUGGUACAGGAAACCAGACCUCUGCUAUCCAACAGGCCAUCAACACUGAUGGCCAGGGAGGCACCCGCGAGAGCAAGGGCAACACCUAUAUGCCUGCCGAGGUGUUUCUACCAGGGGGUGUAUACACGCUUGGAAGUACGCUCACUCUCCGCCUGGGAACGAUCAUAGUGGGAGACCCCUUGAAUAGGCCAAUAAUUAAAGCGAGCUCUGACUUCAUUGGUUCUACUCUUGUCAAUGGUCAAGAUCCUGCCAGUGGACACCCGGAGACUGUUUUUAUGAUUGCUAUGCGCAAUGUCAUCCUUGAUACUACGGACAUCGACUCGUCUUACUCCUUCACAGCUUUGCAGUGGGGAAUUGCGCAAGGGUGUGCCUUGAGCAAUGUGGAAAUAAACAUGCCGCAAGAUUCUGUUGGACAUAUUGGUAUUCACCUCAAUGGCGGGUCUACUAUUGCAGUUACUGAUGUUACAAUCAACGGUGGCGGUAUUGGCAUCCAGAACUCAAAUCAGCAAGUGAACUUCAAAAACAUCAAUUUCAAUGGCUGUCGAACUGGUUUUGCUGCAACUGGAGGGUUCACCGUCGUUCUGCAAUCUGCCACUUUCCAAAACUGCGGGCUCGGAAUUGAUAUGACAAAAAAUGAUCUGGGGUCAAUGGUAGUGCUAGACUCUAGGUCAACAAAUACCGGUACGCUAGUCAAGUUUCAUGAUUCUUCAAACGACUCUGGAUCCCGAAACAGCCAGAUUGUGAUUGAGAAUCUGUCUAGUAGCGGCCAAUAUCCUAUUGCUGUAACUUCGGACGGAACAACAGUACUCAAUUCCCAAAGCUAUGUUGACACAUGGAUUUACGGAAACGAUAUACCAGGUUCCUACAAGGCCGGUGAAAGUGCAUACACAACACGGCCAAGUACCCUUCUGGAUGGCAAUGGUCGAUACUUCAUACGCAAACAGCCAGAUUAUUCUAACUAUCCUGCUAGUCAAGUCGUGAAUGUAAAGAAAGUAUCCGGUCUUCCCGUCAAGGGAGAUGGCGUAACGGACGACUCGACAAAUUUGAAUGCUAUUCUUCGUCAAAAUGCUGCUAACUGCCAAAUCACAUAUUUUCCUUAUGGCGUCUAUAUUUUGCGAGAUACGCUGUUUAUUCCCCCUGGCAGCAGAAUUAUUGGUGAGGCGUGGGCUGUACUAUCAGGCGCAGGCUCUGCUUUCACGGAUACAUGGAAUCCACGGGCCGUGGUCAAGGUCGGCUAUCCCGGCGAUGUUGGCGUUGCUGAGAUCCAAAACAUGCGCUUCACCGUCUCUGAGGUGUUACCAGGUGCUAUACUUUUGGAAAUUAACAUGGCAGGCACCAACCCAGGUGAUGUCGGCCUUUGGAACACUUUAACUACAGUUGGUGGUACGGCGGACACGUCGGUCUCAACUAGCUGUAUCAACCAAGACCCAAGCUACUGUAUGGCAGCUUUCAUGCACGUGCACCUCGCAGAGUCAUCUUCGGCGUAUGUCGAAAAUCACUGGGGUUGGACAGCAGACCACAAUCUAGACGGCGGACCUUCUGUCAUCGUUAUAUCUAGCGGCCGAGGUAUCCUCGUCGAAUCCACUCGAGCUACAUGGCUCGUUGGCACGAGCUUUGAGCACAACUGGCUAUAUCAAUAUAAUAUCCAUAGUGCUCAGAAUAUCUACGCAGGCAUGAUGCAGACCGAGACUCCCUACAUGCAAGGUGAAGGCGCCAUCCAAACGGUACCAGCCCCGUGGAGCAUAUCAAACCAGUACAACGACCCGGACUACUCCUGGUGCUCCAGUACAGAUCAACACUGUCGCUCCGCAUUAUCGACAAAUGUUGACGGGGGAUCCAACAUCAUGCUAUACGGCUCUGCUGCAUGGGCUUUCUUCGAGGGAACCUGGAACGGCCUUUACAAUACCCCAUGUGCCAGCGGCAUAUGCCAGACGAAUAUGAUGCGAGUGACUAAUACCACGCAUAAUUUGGCAUGGUAUUCAUUGAGCACGAAGUCGACUGAUGUGAUGGUGCUAGAUGCACAUUCUAAUCCCAGGGAAUAUAACAAUCCUGGUGGGUGGUCUGGGAUGAUACAAGCCUAUCGUCAAUUUAUGGCCUGA